AUGGAUUGGCAGCAAGUGCGCACCUACACGGACCAUUUGGGUCAUCCUGUCGUGCUCGAGCAGUAUGUCUCGCCAGAAUACGAGACAGACCCCGAUCUGGAAACUCCCAUUCAGGUCUACAGUCUUGUUCCCUUGGACGACGACCACGAAGAGCUCCGAGAAUACCUCAUGCAGACGUUCUCGGAUGACGAAGUGAAGCCUUUGUUCGAAAUUUACUCAUACCGCCCGCGCGAUGGCUUUGCCUGCAUUGAGCAUAAUCGCAUGGAAAUCGCGCGUCGCAAGCAGCAACAUCGGUCAGGAGUCGAAAAUCCUCUUCCACUGAUUGCGCGAUGGAAUCGUCCCAAUCGCCUAUCCAAUAUUGGAUUUUGCGUUCUGGUGCGAUCGCACAGUUAUCGAGUGGGCAAUAUGGAGGAGGCUGAGGAGAUCGGCGAAGGCCCGGAUUUACUUUACUUCAACCGCACAUUUUCUAGCACACGCGCUGAUGCUGACUUGGCGCAACAUUCACCCGAGGACAAUGAAGACCUCAGGUCAGAGGCAUUUGAACUAUCCAUCGAGCGUGUUACGGAGCAAAUGGACAUCGGCCAGAUGAUAAUCCUCGAUUUGUUCCUUAACGUCUCUUCUUAUGCCGAUCAGCGAUAUGCCUUGGAUGUUGAUGAGGGCGAACCUCCUGGCCAAGAUAUGCCAACAGAAGAGCAGAUUCGUGACCAGCUCGGCCAAGAAACCUCGGUUUGUGGCUUUUCUCUUGGUCCGGCAUUCCAGGUUUCUAGAGAAGCCGACAUUGUUACAGUCACCAAUACUCCUGAGGGCAAAACCUCUGACAUUCAAUACGUUGUCCACACAUCUUUUCUCAGUCAUAUACGCGACACGGCAGGUUUCUCUCUCCUCGAAAGCACAGCGCGUCUCUUCACAGCGUCUGUCCUCUCCCACCUUCCGGUCAAUAAAAACCUCACCCUCAAAUUCUUCAUUCCAAAGUCCAAUUCCUGGUCGGCCAUCGGCCCCGCCCAAAAUGAAGUUCUUGAAAGUUUAUCCCAGCAAAAUCAAGAAAGCCAGGAAAGCCCUUUCCCUAUUGGCGCCCUUCACAAUAUCCUCUCACAAGAGGAUCAGCCCCCAACUGCAAAACGAGUUACUCCUCGUGGCCCUGAAAAAUAUCUGUACAACUGGUUACCGUACGAAUCUGGCACGUUCACAGUCGUUCUUGAUCGCGCAAAAUUUGUCUCCGAGAACGGAGUUUACUUCUACAAGAAUCAUUGUAGUAAGGUCAAUGAUUCGGAGGUUCUUUCUGAUAAUACGAAUAUUGUGCGUGGCGUGGAUAUGAGUGCGGUUGCUCGGCGGCUGGGAAUGGUUGUUCUUGAUGAAUGA